AUGCUACUAUCACUAACAACUCUAAUUGCAACUACUACUUCUUCAACUUAUACUAUCACACCACUCUUCAACCCUAUAACAUUAAACAAAACUACAGAAUAUAAUGAAAUAUUUUUAUUAGAACCUUCUGUUAAUAAUUCUAAUCAUAAUUAA